AUUCCUCUGCUUUUGACCACAGGCAAGUCCAUGCGGAAGUGGGUGGAGUCCAUCAACAAGAUCAUCCGCCGCAAGCUGCAGACGCAGUCAAACGGCGUGAGCCACAACAUCACCUUCGAGAGCCCGCCCCCGCCCAUCGAGUGGCACAUCUGCCGCACCGGCCAGGUGGACUCCUUCGAUCUCAUGACCCUGCACCCCAUCGAGAUCGCCCGGCAGCUGACCCUGCUGGAGUCCGAGCUCUACAGAGCCGUGCGGCCGUCCGAGCUGGUGGGAAGCGUGUGGACCAAAGAGGACAAAGAGAAGAACUCGCCCAACUUGCUCCGAAUGAUCCGACACACCACCAACCUCACGCUGUGGUUUGAGAAGUGCAUCGUGGAGACCAUGAACCUGGAGGAGCGCGUGGCGGUGUGGACGCGCGUCAUCGAGAUUCUGCAGGUCUUUCAGGAGCUCAACAACUUCAACGGCGUGCUGGAGGUGGUCAGCGCCAUCAACUCUGUGCCCGUCUACCGCCUGGACCACACCUACGAGGUCAGCAAGACCGUCGACGCAUGCCGGAUUUGCUCAAAAAGCUUAUUUCCAGAAAUGCUCGACCCUCCUCGAAUUGAGUUUGACCAAAUUUCCUCAAAUAACUAUUUUCAGAUCAUUAUUUCACCUAAGCACUUAUUCUGGUCCAGUGUAGGACUUGAAUGAGUUCAAGCGACAAAA